AUGUCCCGCCGUGUCGAAAAUGCUCCUUGGCCCCGCCAAACACAACCUGUAGUGUCCCAUCAAAGGUCCCCAAAAAGACGGAAAGUCGACAUUGAUACCUCGCUUCCUGCCAGUUCUUCUUUCUCUGCUAGACAAGCUCUGGAGAGCGAAGUCGAGACAGCAGAGACUCAAUGCGAUAUCCUUUCUGGCAAUGACAUCGAGUCUUGUUUCCCGACAGCGGACUCCGUCUUUGCUCAAUCCCAAUUUGUCACCUUCGUUUGGAACUCCCAGUUACCUUCGUAUGCUCAGACCAACAAAGUUAACAUAUACCUGUUUCAUGGAGAUUCAAACGAGCAAAUCCUGGAAAUCCCGAACGUGGACAACUCGAAAUAUCAAGCUGGAGUUAUCACCCUACCAGCAAACGACUCGUGGUGGGGUGAGAACGGCCCUGAUUUCAGUGGAACAAACACUUCGUAUGGGUUUUAUUUCGGCAUCACACCCAAUACCACUACUUUUGAUGCAUCGGCGCAUACCCAGACCCACUUCACUGCUGUCCAAACGACAUUCCCAGACUCUAUUUUAUCAAGCAUGUCCGCCUCAUCUGCUUCAGCUUCAUCUGCUUCCGUUUCAUCUGCUUCCGCAGCAUCUGCAAGCUCUGCAUCUGCAUCUAGAGCAUCAGCCUCUGCAGCGGCGUCGACAUCAUCGACCACUGCUUCUGGCGCGUCAUCCUCGAAUGGAUCUGGAAACAUCCAGUCCGGCAGCAAUUCGGGUGGAUUUCCUCAUUGGGCAAUAGCCGUGAUCGUCGUCCUUGGCUUUCUGGCAAUCGCGUCUUCAUGUUUACUGGCUUUCUUCAUCAUGCGACGACUUCGCCGUCGACGCGAGCUGGAUUCCAAUCGAAAUUCUAUGGGCUCCUCUAGUCCUAUGAUGGCUCAUGUGCAGUCUCCGGGCUCACCUCUACUAGCAGGCGGGGCCGAAGGCCCAAGCUCAACUGGACAUGGUGCUACAGGCUUCCAACGAGCACCAAGUGUUGUCUCUCCCGAUGGAGCCUCAUCGAUCAGUCAUGGUGGGAGUGCAGGGGAAGGUGGACCGUUCAGUGGUGCUGAUGCAGCUAUCAUUGCCAAUGCCUUCAGAACAAUGUUACGCAAACCCGAUUUUGCAGAUGCUCCAGUCGAAGAAGGCGAAUCCCCCGAUUCGCAAGAGCGUGGAAGAGUAGAAUUAAGCAGAGAAUUGGCUGAAGAGGGAAGGGACAUACGCAGUGUGAGCUCUUCUAGAGGUGUUAGAGUGGAGACAUUGAGCGAUGAUGGAGAUACCAUACAAGAGGCAGACCAUUGA